AUGGGAUGUAUAAAAUCAAAAAGGAAAGACAAUCUGAAAGACGAUGGAAUAGAUUUGAAGACUCAACCAGUACGUAAUACUGACCGAACUAUUUAUGUGAGAGAUCCAACGUCCAAUAAACAGCAAAGGCCAGUAAGUAGAUUUCUUCUGUGGAUUCUCAAAGGUCUUCGCCUGCAUUCUUCAUUUUCAGAUCCAGAGGAGCAAGGAGACAUCGUGGUCGCAUUGUACCCCUAUGAUGGCAUCCACCCAGACGACUUGUCCUUCAAGAAAGGAGAGAAGAUGAAAGUCCUGGAGGAGCAUGGAGAAUGGUGGAAAGCUAAAUCCCUUUCGACAAAGAGAGAAGGCUUCAUCCCCAGCAACUACGUAGCCAAAGUCAACACCUUGGAAACGGAAGAGUGGUUUUUCAAGGAUAUAACCAGGAAAGAUGCAGAAAGGCAGCUUCUGGCACCAGGGAACAGCGCUGGAGCUUUUCUUAUCAGAGAAAGUGAAACAUUAAAAGGCAGUUACUCUCUGUCUGUCAGAGAUUAUGACCCCGUGCAUGGUGACGUUAUUAAGCACUACAAAAUCAGAAGUCUGGACAAUGGGGGUUAUUACAUCUCGCCACGAAUUACUUUUCCUUGUAUCAGUGACAUGAUUAAGCAUUACCAAAAGCAGUCAGAUGGCUUGUGCAGAAGACUGGAGAAGGCAUGCAUUAGUCCCAAACCACAGAAGCCGUGGGACAAAGAUGCCUGGGAGAUCCCCCGGGAAUCCAUUAAGCUGGUGAAGAAGCUUGGUGCCGGGCAGUUCGGGGAAGUCUGGAUGGGUUACUAUAACAACAGUACCAAAGUGGCUGUAAAAACCCUGAAGCCAGGCACAAUGUCUGUGCAAGCGUUCCUGGAAGAGGCCAACCUCAUGAAGACCCUGCAGCAUGACAAGCUGGUGCGGCUGUACGCCGUGGUCACCAAGGAGGAGCCCAUCUACAUCAUCACCGAGUACAUGGCCAAGGGCAGUUUGCUGGAUUUCCUGAAGAGCGACGAAGGGGGCAAAGUGCUGCUUCCAAAGCUGAUUGACUUUUCUGCUCAGAUCGCGGAGGGAAUGGCGUACAUUGAGAGGAAGAACUACAUCCACAGGGACCUACGAGCCGCUAACGUCCUGGUCUCCGAGGCCCUCAUGUGCAAAAUCGCAGAUUUUGGCCUUGCUCGAGUGAUUGAGGAUAACGAGUACACAGCCAGGGAAGGUGCUAAGUUCCCCAUUAAGUGGACAGCUCCAGAAGCAAUCAACUUUGGAUGUUUCACUAUUAAGUCUGACGUGUGGUCCUUUGGAAUUCUCCUGUACGAAAUCGUCACCUAUGGGAAAAUUCCCUACCCAGGGAGAACUAACGCUGACGUGAUGACCGCCCUGUCGCAGGGCUACAGGAUGCCCCGCAUGGAGAACUGCCCGGACGAGCUCUACGACAUCAUGAAAAUGUGCUGGAAAGAAAAGGCCGAGGAGAGGCCCACGUUCGACUACCUGCAGAGCGUCCUGGACGACUUCUAUACGGCCACGGAGGGCCAGUACCAGCAGCAGCCUUAGGGCGCAGGGGACUCAGGCCACUCACGGGACGGCUGCCUUCCUAAAAGGAAAACGUAACAAUCUCUGCUCACUAGUUAUUUCCUGGGCUGGGGUCACCGGCCACCCCCGCUUCCCACACACAAGGCUAACACUCAGGAAGAACACCCCCCAUGGGAAAGGAUUCUG